UGUUGACAAGUUUCUGCCGGGAUUGUUUUUGCCUGUUUCCUUUUGCAAAACACUAAAAAACGUUUUGUUCGGCAUUUUCUUGGCUAAAAAGUGGAAAUAAGUAGCAAAAAAUGAAGCUAGUGAGAUUUCUCAUGAAAUUAAGUCACGAAACAGUGACAAUUGAGCUGAAGAAUGGCACACAGGUACACGGAACAAUCACGGGAGUUGAUGUAGCCAUGAAUACCCACCUGAAGGCGGUGAAGAUGACAAUAAAAAAUCGCGAUCCGGUGCAGUUGGACUCCCUCAGUAUACGGGGUAACAAUAUUCGGUACUACAUCCUUCCGGACAGUCUACCCCUGGAGACACUCCUCAUUGACGACACCCCCAAGUCGAAGGCAAAGAAGAAGGAGGCUGCACGUGGGGGGACGCGCGGUAGGGGCCGUGGUGCUCGCGGAGGGCGCGGCGGGCCGCGUGGACGAGGCGGAAGGGGUCGUGGGCGGCGAUAAAUCACAACUUUCCAGCAUUUACACACUUCUUUCGCGUCUGUAUUGUAAGGAUUUCUUUUCUCUAUAUAAAUUACAAAAUCAUCUCA